CGGAAGUGUGGGAGGGCCUGUGGGGCGGGCUCUGGAAGGUCCGGGGGGUAGGAUGGAACUGUGACCGAGUCUGGGCGGCUGCCGGCAGCGCCAUGGAGACCGUGCAGCUGAGGAACCCGCCGCGCCGGCAGCUGAAAAAGUUGGAUGAAGAUAGUUUAACCAAACAACCAGAAGAAGUGUUUGAUGUCUUAGAGAAACUUGGAGAAGGAUCCUACGGCAGUGUAUACAAAGCUAUUCAUAAAGAGACGGGUCAGAUUGUUGCUAUUAAGCAAGUUCCUGUGGAAUCAGACCUGCAGGAGAUAAUCAAAGAAAUCUCUAUAAUGCAACAAUGUGACAGCCCACAUGUUGUCAAAUAUUAUGGCAGUUAUUUUAAGAAUACAGACUUGUGGAUUGUCAUGGAGUAUUGUGGGGCUGGUUCUGUGUCUGAUAUCAUUCGAUUACGAAAUAAAACGUUAACAGAAGAUGAAAUAGCUACAAUAUUGCAGUCAACUCUUAAGGGACUAGAAUACCUUCAUUUUAUGAGAAAAAUACAUCGAGAUAUCAAGGCAGGAAAUAUUUUGCUAAAUACAGAAGGACAUGCAAAGCUUGCAGAUUUUGGGGUGGCAGGUCAACUUACAGAUACCAUGGCCAAGCGGAAUACAGUGAUAGGAACACCAUUUUGGAUGGCUCCAGAAGUGAUUCAGGAAAUUGGGUACAACUGUGUAGCAGACAUCUGGUCUCUGGGAAUAACUGCCAUAGAAAUGGCUGAAGGGAAACCCCCAUAUGCUGAUAUCCACCCAAUGAGGGCAAUAUUCAUGAUUCCUACAAACCCUCCUCCCACAUUCCGAAAGCCAGAGCUGUGGUCAGAUAACUUCACGGAUUUUGUGAGGCAGUGUCUUGUGAAGAGCCCUGACCAGAGAGCCACAGCCACUCAGCUCCUGCAGCACCCAUUUGUCAAGAGUGCCAAAGGAGUGUCAAUACUGCGAGACUUAAUUAAUGAAGCCAUGGAUGUGAAAUUGAAACGCCAGGAAGCCCAGCAGCGGGAAGUGGACCAGGAUGAUGAAGAAAACUCAGAGGAGGAUGAAUUAGAUUCUGGCACGAUGGUUCGAGCAGUGGGUGAUGAGAUGGGCACCGUCCGAGUAGCCAGCACCAUGAGUGAUGGAGCCAAUACUAUGAUUGAGCAUGAUGACACGUUGCCAUCACAGCUGGGCACCAUGGUGAUCAAUGCAGAUGAUGAGGAAGAGGAAGGGACUAUGAAAAGAAGGGAUGAGACUAUGCAGCCUGCAAAACCAUCUUUUCUUGAAUAUUUUGAACAAAAAGAAAAGGAAAACCAGAUUAACAGCUUUGGCAAGAGUGUACCUGGCCCACUGAAAAAUUCUUCAGAUUGGAAAGUGCCACAAGAUGGAGACUAUGAGUUUCUUAAGAGUUGGACGGUGGAGGACCUUCAGAAGAGACUCUUGGCUCUGGACCCCAUGAUGGAGCAGGAGAUUGAAGAGAUCCGGCAGAAGUACCAGUCCAAGCGGCAGCCAAUCCUGGACGCCAUUGAGGCAAAGAAGAGGCGGCAACAGAACUUCUGAGCAAGGCCAGGCGAGGAGGCCCCCUCCACCCAGGCCACGAAUUCUGGACUGCCUCACUCCUGUUAGCCAGCACUUCUGCUCUGUUGUUUCUCCACAGCACCUUUUGUGAACUCAGGAAUGUGCGCCAAUGGGAAGGGCUCCCUUGACAGUCAGCAUGCCAUUUUGAUGCGCGUAUUUACAUAGGUCAGGUACAUUACUUCAGAGGAUUUGUAUUGGCGCUUUUAACUCAGUUUUAAACCCCAGGACCAGAGACUUCUAGUUGAGUGAUAGCUGGGAAAAUUUUACAUUGUCUUUUUGUUUUUAUUCUCCCAAUGGCUUUCAAUUGUUCUUUCUGGAAGAUUUUUUAAAAAUAUAUAAAUAUGCAUAUAUAUAAAUUAUAAAUAGAUUCCCCACUCAGUGUGGUGGCAUCUCUGUACAGGUACAGUUUUAAACAGUUUGCCUCUCUUCUGUAAGAUUAUGGUACUGUGGAACAUGAGGGCAGGGGACACCAGGAGACUGUUGGGAAGUCAUGGAGUCCCAAGAGCCAACCUCACCCUUUGCAGGGCUGCUUUAAAAAUUAGGUUUGGGACAGUCCUUUCACCGUGGUUUCAGCCUUGUGUGGUCACCACUGGCUCCUGGAGCUAUUGGUGAUGUCCAGGCGCAAGCCUUGAGAGUCUCUGUUUACUCUUUGAGUCCCAGGAGAAGCCUGGCAUCCUCUCUGCAAAUUGGCCUUUGCUGUUUCAGCGCCUUUCAUCCAUGUCCACUCGCCCAGCUGCCUAAAGUCACAACAGAUACUGCCCAGUGCCUUAAGAGGAGACAUGAUCCAGUGAGGGGACAGGCCUGCCAGGAACUCUCAGCAAACAUGCAGUCCACAAAGGCAAAAGGUUUCUGACACUCUCAUUGUUCAUGUGACAAUUAUACACGUGGCAUUUUGCUCCACGUUCCUUACAGAUGGAGUAGAGGGUGUUGCUUUUGUGAGCCACAUUCAAAUAUGUGACUUUUUUUUCUUUUACUGCUAAGGGGUCUGGAAAGGGUAAAUGAAUCUCAGACUAAGAUUUGUUCCCCAGGAGGCUCAAUCCAGACACAGUGUGUCAGAGCUGGAAAGGACCAUGGAAAUUGUCUGGCCUGGCCUUCUCAUAGGAGUAGGAAAACUGAGGCUUGGAGAGGGAAAGUGACAUGGCCCACAUCAUCAAGCAAGUUAGAGUAAGAGCCGGGACUAGAACGCAGGGUCCUCAGUCCUGGGCCACGCAACCCUUUUCUGAGGGAAGAGACUUGUGUCAGUUUUAGUUUAGUCAUCCCAGAGAACCCGGCUCACACAAACUUGCUGUCUCCUCGCCUCUUUAGUGAGCGAGCUAGCUGUGAAGAAUUUGCUCAGAGGAGCCAGUGAUCCCUUUCAGCAUGUCCACAGGGCUCUGUGAACCACAGCACGGAGCCUUCCUCCUGCAGCUUUGGCUGGAGGCCACAUGGCAUUUAGUCACACAGCAAAGUUGUGUGGAAGUUGGGAAAGACAAGUAUCUCCUUAUUUUCCCCUCAUCCCUGUUUCCCUCAGCGAGGGGAGCGAUGACGGGGUUGCACUUCACGAUACCAUGAUUUGCCUCCAUCAUUGCUUUUGCUCCCUACACCUGGGAAUCGAUGGAAAGGCAGGGAAUGUUCCUUUUCUGUGACCAGAUUCUGUUCUUUGUAGUUAAAGCAAUUAAAAAAAAAAAUACAAGAGGCAGUUGUUGGUCUUUGGCCACUGAAGUAGUUAUGGGACAGAUACAGAAAAUAGAGGACAAGUUGUGGAUUUUGCUGGAGUAAUAAAAGGCAGCUAGUAUUUGUUGACUACCUAUUACAAGCCAGGCACUGAGCUCGGUAGGGUCCAGAGUUACAAACAACACUGUGAAUUAACUACCUUCUCUCCAUUUCACAGAGGAAGAAAUGGUUUUGGAAAGAAAGGGUCUUUCUCUACUAGGCAGUAAGCAGGAAGGCUAGUCAGUGAUAGGAUCAGGAUUCAGAGCAUCACUAUUAUGAGGUCAGUAUUUAUAGGAAAAAAGAAAGUCACAAGUCUGUUUAAAAGGAAGUGACCACCUCUUCUUGCUCAGACUAAGGCUCAAACUAAAGCCAGUCCAGCUGGCAUUUAUAGGCUGGAAAAUAGCUGAAUAGUCCAGUCUAACAGCCAAGUGAUUUUUAAAAACCAAAGUAUCAAGCACAUAAUCCCCCAUACCAUUUGCUAUACUAAUUAGUAGUUCUGUGUCAGUCUUUUUUAUACAGAGAACUUUGCACUUGGCCAGACAGGAGGAGAAAGCACAUUUUCUCCUGUCCUAAGCUAUCUACAAGUAAAAGAAAGUUCAGUUUUCCCCCAUAAAUAUUCUUGGGUCAUAAACCUUGAUCUGGAGUUUAUUUUGUUCCAAGCAUAUGUGCACCUGAUGUGCUGGGUCCAACAAAGUCUUGCUCACCAGUCUAGCUAGACAGAGCCCUUUGUUUGGAUCUGAGAAGUUUCCUGACAAGGUGUAUUUGUUUUCUUGCAACCAAAAGGCAGAGAAGCAAGUCCUAGUAAACUUUCCUUGAAUGCUGAAUUCAAGAUACAUCAGCUUGCUUUCAUUGAGCCCUGAGCUUCAGUCAUUGCUUGAGCAUUUGACUCAAGCUUCUAGGAAACUAAGUCUCUCAGUUCUCUGCUUCUAAGCAAAGGUGCCCUAAUUAUGUCUUCUAAAAAAAUCUCAAAUUCUCUAAGAUAUCUUAAUAGCUAUCCCAUCAAUUUUGAAGCACAUUCCUGUUUCCCUCCAGCCACCAAUUGGAUGGAUGAAUGUUUGACAGGGUUGGGGGAUAGAUGAAUGGAUAGAUAGGCAUGUGUCGAUGGA